UCAUCCCACAGCCAAUAAGGGCCUGAUGGGCUCAAGUAUCACAUACUAUAACACAAGGACUUAUUCUCUGAGCGGAGCCUGCAGUUCCUUACAGACCUUCAUCUCCAUCGUCUGAGGAGUUUCUCUUCAUCUCUGAGGUGUAAAGUCUGCUGUCACUAUGUCUGACACUGAGGAAGUGGACAAUAUCGAGGAAGAGGAAGCCCAGGAGGAGGUAGUAGAAGUAGAAGUAGCCCCUGAGGCGGAGGCCCAGGUAGAAGCAGAAGCAGAGGUAGAGCCUGAACCAGAACCAGAGCCAGAGGUGGUGCAGCAGGUGGUUCAUGAGGAGGAAGAGGCCUAUGAAGAAGAAGGGGAGGAGGGAGAUCAAGAUGAAGAGAAGCCAAAGUUUAAGCCCACUGCUCCGAAGAUCCCAGAUGGCGAGAAAGUGGAUUUUGAUGAUAUCCAAAAGAAACGUCAAAACAAAGAUCUUGUAGAGCUGCAGUCACUGAUCGAUGCUCACUUUGAGUGCAGGAAGAAGGAAGAAGAGGAACUCAUAGCUCUCAAGGAGAGAAUUGAGAAGCGUCGUGCUGAGCGAGCUGAGCAGCAGAGGAUUCGCGCUGAGCAAGAUAAAGAGCGGCAGGCCAGGCGGGAGGCUGAGCGGAUGAGAAAGGAGGAGGCCGACGCUCAGAGAAAGGCUGAUGAUGAUGCCAAGAAGAAGAUAGCACUGACAAACAUGGGAUCGGGCUUAAGCAGCCACCUGCAGAGGAUUGAACAGAGAAGAGGCAAGAAGCAGACUGAAAGAGAAAAGAAGAAGAAGGUUCUUGCAGAGAGAUGCAAACCCCUGAAAGUCGAUAAUCUCAGUGAUGACAAGCUGAGGGAAAAGGCAAAAGAGCUGUGGGAAUGGCUGCACAACCUUGAGGCAAUAAAAUACGACCACUGUGAGAAGCUUAAGAGGCAAAGAUAUGAGGUUGUUUCUCUCAGGAACCGUAUUGAUGAACUGCAGAAACACAGCAAGAAGGGAGCCGCAUCACGCCGCAGGAAGUGAGCAGUCCCUCGGUGCCAGUCAGCCUGAGCAGGAGGCAUCUUCAGUCGACCACAGCAGUAGCUCCAGUCGCCCACCCGAUGACAUCCACAGCAACAACAACAAAGCUAGUGCCUGUGUUUACCUUAGUGAGAUAGUUUCACAAGGAUUUUAGCUCAAGUAAUGAAAUAAACAAUAAAAAUUAUGCUUUGUUUGUAUAAAGAACAUGUGGCACUUUAAACAAUCA